CGGCGGGGCAACGGCUCCGCGCCGCCAUUACCAGCGCCCGCCCGCCGGCCGGGCGCCCUGAGCCCUCACCGCGGCCGCCCCUCCGCCGAAGCGCCGCGCCCCCCGAGCCGGCUCCGCGCCGCCGCCGCUCCGGGGCUCCGGCCGCCGGGUUUCCUCCAUGCUCGGCUCCCCGGGGCGGCUGAUUGAUCUGGAUCAGGAAUAUUCCGCCGGCGCCUCAGCGAGGACCGCUGCUGGCGGGACGCCGCAAGUGCCGCUCGCACCGCGCCUCGCCUCGCCUCGCCUCAGACGCGCGGCCGCCCAGCCGCUCUCCUCAGGCGGAGGGGCCGCCCCGGCCCGCUCUCCUCACGCCGAGGAGCCGCCCGGGACCCCCGGCCACGCACCCUCCGCCGCCGGGGGGGGGACCGCCAGCGCCUCAGGGGACCCUCGAGCACCGCUCCCCCCUCAGAGCCUGCCGGUUCCGCGGAGCAGCCCGGGCGGAGGAGCCCUCUCUGCUCGCCGGAGCUGGGAGUGUUCACUCUCCCUCCACAAGUAUGGCAACAUCUGCGCAAUAUAGACAGCUUAUAAAUGACUACGGACCCCCAUCUCUAGGCUAUACACAAGGGAUGCAGGGUACCAGCAGCAGUCAAGUACCGCAAAGCAAAUAUGCAGAACUUCUAGCUAUCAUAGAAGAAUUAGGAAAAGAGAUUAGACCCACAUACGCUGGGAGUAAAAGUGCGAUGGAGAGGCUAAAAAGAGGCAUUAUUCAUGCUAGAGGAUUAGUUCGGGAAUGCCUGGCUGAGACGGAACGAAAUGCAAGAUCCUAGCCCACUAAUUCAGCUGCAAGAUUUUCCAUCUCUUAAUGAAGAAAAAGUAACACUUAUUCCUUUUGACUCUUGAAACAUUCAGACAAAUUCCUUUAUUUUGAAUGUUUUACCUUUCUUGUUUUGCCCUUACAAAAAUGUAUAGUUAAGAAUGAGAAAACAAGGAUUUUUCAACUUACUGAGGGUUUGCAUUUUGUAAAGACGUUAAAACUCCCUAAAAUGUUUCUAAUACAUGAAAACUGAACUGCAUGCAGAGGAAUGCUCUUUCUCUCCCAGGCUAUAUUUCAGUUCUCUUCUUAUCCAGCCACAGCCUCAUUCUGUUUUUUUCCUUUGACUGUAUUCACUUAACCCCAAACUGUCAAUCUUUCAAAGUUUGACAUAAGCUCUAAGGAUUUUUUUUAAUAAAUGCAGAAUAGCAUGCUGUACCUAGUAGUCUGCUAAGUCACAAAUUGUCAUACAGCAUAGACCCUGCUUAGAAAUAACCUUUCCCUUCUUUUAUUUUUCCUUUUUUGUUCAUUUUGCAUAAACAUUUGCAUGACUGUUAGUGCUUUGAAGUCCAUUUAAAGUGCAUGAGUUACAUGGAAAAUAGGGAAACCUAUUAAAUAAUAACAAGGUCCUGGAAAGCUAAUUUCUACAUUAAGGCUGGAGAUUUCAGUUUAAAGUUUGCCAAAAAAAGGAAAUUCUGGAUAAAUUACUAAAACUGUUAUUUGCAUCUUUGUAUGUAUUUAUUACUUGACGUAAUAAAGCUUAUUUUCAUUAACAA